GUCGAAGUUCGUCAUCUUCCCACCGACUCGUGAGGUAGCAUCAGGGCGAUUUCCAAGAAAUGGCUAAGCUGAAUCACCAGCGGAAGCUGAGUUUCCUCUCGCCUUUGAGAUCUGUGAACAGGCUGAGCAUCUUCUGGAAGGGCUAGGUAAUCUCACAAUCACCCUACGGCCGAUGCUCAUGUUUCGAGGUAUAAAGGCCGUCCUCAACGCCGCCGAAUAUCAUUUUCAUCAUCACCUACUACAUCACAACAACUUCCAUUCCUCUUUUCUAUUUCCUUUUCAUUUUCUAUCUACGUUUCUUCUCAUAUUUUCUUGAGUCAUUCACUCAAUAUAUCUCUGUACCUCAACCCACAACUUUAAUCCACCACCAUCCAAUCAAAAUGAAGUUUACUCUCGCCAUCGCUUCCACUCUCUUCGCCACUGCCAUCACGGCAGCCCCGCGCAUCCAAAAGACCCGCCAGGUCAUCUUCCCAGACAUCACCGUUUCCGUCAUCAACGACCAGACUGGCCUUAGUGCCGCCGUCACUGUUCCCUCCGAUGGCACCGUCUUCCCAAUUCCGAUGCUCUUUGGGGGCACGGCUCUCGACAACAAUGGCAAUAUCCUGGCUUCCAGCGCCCAACUAGUCACUUUCGUCGAAAACGUCUUUUGCUCUUUCAAUAAGGGAGAUCUCAUUAUCCCGAUCAACGGCAAGGACAAGACUUUCGCCGACCUCGAUGGAAACAAGGACGCUGCAACGCCUAUUCUCCUUAACGAAUUCACUUUCCAGUGCCAGGUUUAAGCGCUCCGAUUCAAUAAUCGAGUAAGAGCAUGGAGUGAGGUGGAAUAUGGGAAGAUGGUUGUCUUGCAUUUACACGCGGGUGUUUUGUUGCAUUUUAUGGGUCUUGCAUAGCGUGGAUUAGGGCUGAUUUGAACUUUGCAUAUAUAAACAUCUUCUUUCUCUCAUUAAUGAAACAUUCAUCAUUUCUUAUCCGUCA